ACGUCCAAAAGCGGAGGAGGCGGGGUUGACAGACAAAAUCAGGAUUCAGGUGCGGAUUUCGUUUACCUAAUGGGUAAAUAGGAUAGCUUAAAACGUGUCCGCUAAUGACAAGAAUAAAUUGUGGGGCCAACUAAACCGGGUGGAUGUGAACUGAGAGGAGUCAGCCGCUCGGCUGUUUCCGGUGUCUCUCAUUUGCUGAACUGUCUUCGGAUUUUCCAAAGACUUCGGGGGUGCGUGCGUGGCGAGCAACACUCUUCAUGCGUGGGUCACGGUGAACUCUUGUGAUCAUUAGCCUACCAUAGCUUUGCGUGUAUAUCCUCAUACCUAAAGAAGAAAGAAAUGGCUUGUGCUGAGUAUUCUUUUCACGUGCCAAGUCUCGAGGAGCUUGCUGGAGUUCUGCAGAAGGGGCUAAAGGAUAACUUUGCUGAUGUCCAGGUCUCUGUGGUUGAUUGCCCUGAUUUGACUAAGGAGCCAUUUACAUUUCCUGUAAAAGGCAUCUGUGGGAAAACUAGAAUUGCAGAAGUAGGAGGUGUGCCUUACUUAUUGCCUCUUAUAAAAAAAGAAAAAGUUUAUGAUAUAAAUAAGAUUGCAAAAGAAAUCAAGCUUCCUGGAGCUUUUAUUCUUGGAGCAGGAGCAGGCCCAUUUCAGACUCUUGGGUUCAAUUGUGAGUUUAUGCCAGUCAUUCAAACAGAAAGUGAACACAAACCUCCAGUGAAUGGAAGUUACUUUGCCCGUGUUAACCCUGCAGAUGGAGGGUGCCUCCUAGAGAAAUACAGUGAGAAAUACCAUGAUUUUGGGUGUGCAUUACUGGCUAAUCUUUUCGCCAGUGAGGGUCAACCUGGAAAGGUCAUUAAGGUGAAAGCCAAAAGAAGAACUGGAAAACUUAACUUUGUGACUUGUAUGAGACAGACUCUUGAAAAACAUUAUGGAGAUAAACCUGUAGGGAUGGGAGGUACUUUCAUAAUUCAGAAGGGAAAAGCAAAGACUCACGUAAUGCCUGCAGAAUUUUCUUCCUGCCCAUUGAACUCUGAAGAAGAGGUGAAUAAAUGGUUGCGCUUUUAUGAGAUGAAAGCUCCUUUGGUUUGUCUGCCAGUUUUUGUCUCCAGAGACCCAGGGUUUGAUUUGCGAUUGGAGCACACUCAUUGUUUUAGUCAUCAUGGAGAAGGUGGACACUACCAUUAUGAUACUACCCCAGACACAGUGGAAUAUCUUGGAUACUUCUUGCCUGCAGAGUUUCUAUAUCGCAUUGAUCAACCAAAAGAGACCCAUUCAUUUGGGCGAGAUUAAGUCAAAUGAAAAAGAAAUAAUUAACUAAAGUUAACUAAUUAACUCAUUAAUUGAUACUACUAUAAAAUCUAAUAGAAAUGAUCUCACUACUUAAAUCCCAUUUUUUGACCUUUAACUGAAAGGUAUGUUGACAUUUACACUAUUAUUUCAUGGAACUACCUUAGAGAUUUUUGGAAACCAAGAUACAUAAUGAAAAUGUUCUUCAUUAUUUUUGUAUUCUUUAAUAACAGCAAAAUCAGUCUUAUGUUUAUACCUUAAGUAUAAAGACGAUCAGGAAUCAUAUGAUUUAUUCCUACUGUCUACUGGUAAUAACUUACAUUUGUAUAACAUUAUUAAAUUUUUCAAAUUAGUCUCACAA